AUGAUGGCAACGCGCUACCCGCCGGCAAACCUUUCUGCCGGACAGCACGGCCCUUCAACACAACAGCAGGCACCGCAAAUAUCGCAGGCACAACCGCUACACCAUCCCUACUAUGCCUCUGAUCGAUACUUUCCCAUGCCCUCCGCCGGCUAUGCUCCGAUGUACGUGCAUGGCCCCGGAGGUCGUCCCGUGUACAUGGGCCGACCCGUGGCAUCGCCGCCCACCUUUGGCCGCACCACCAUGCCUCCGCCCCCACCACCCAUGCGCCUCUCCGAGGCCGAGGAGAUGAUGAAAAUCUCGAGCCGCAAGAAAAAGCGCAUCCCCCGCCCCAUGAAUAGUUUCAUGAUCUUUGGUAAGGAACAGCGCAAGCUCAUCCAACAACAACAUCCAGACCUCGACAACAAGUCCGUUUCAAAGCUCCUGGGACAGCGUUGGGCCUCUCUCCCCGAUUCACAGAAGCAGGUCUACGUGGACAAGGCCAAGGAAAUGGCCGAGGAGCACCGCCGCCUCUACCCCGAUUGGAAGUUUACCCGCGACACCAGCAAAAACAAGAAAUCCCGUUCAAAGCUCAAGCAAUCCGUCUCCCAGCACUCUGUGGAUGGCGAUCACGAUCACGACGAGGCUGGCACCAAUACGGAGGCGGACCACGCCAAUGAGGGGCAGCAGCAGCACUUGGCGCCCACCAAUGGAUCGGCCGCUUCUCAGCACCCCGACCCCAAUUCCUCAAGCGCUCCCAACCCCCAACACCUCUACCCACAAGUCCAAUUUGCGCCUCCGCCACCGUCUUCUCACCUGCCCCCACCCACCAGCCAGAGUGCGAGCAGAGCCGCGGGUACCAGCGCCCCCCCGCCCUACAAUGAAGCCAUCAACAUGUAUCAGCUCAAUCCUCAGCAAGAUGGCGGCCCGCCGACCACCAGUGGUCCCUCCUCGCACCUCUCGCUGAGCUCGCACAACGCCAGUGCCGGGGCUGCCGUUCCUGGCCAUCACCAACCGCCCUACAGCACGCGCCCGUCCCCCAAGCCAGAAAAUGUCGCAGCUGCCAGUGCCCCACCUGCCUACGGCACUGCCCAUCGCACCAUUGGCGCCCGUGGCCCAGCUUCGUCUACCACCUCAUCCACCGCCACCGCCUUUGAUCAGCAUUCGACUGCAACCAGCCAAGCGCCAGCCAACAGCCCGCCCUCGUAUGCAGCACCCCCCGCCUUUAGCUUGGCCAAGCGCAUCUCGGAAGCCGAGUUCCACAGUCUCGUGCGGCCCUCCAAUUAA